AUCUUUCGGACGUGAACACCGUCAUGGAAAUGGGUCAGUCACAUAGUAACCUGAAAACAUCCAUUUCUGGAAUGCAGUCAACCGUCACGGACCGAACAUAUGAAGGUACUGAGGUAAGUCAGUGGAGUAUGAAAAUGAAUGAUUGUGACCAUGGAAGGAGUGAUUCAGCUUCAUUAUGUUCUUAUAAUUCUGGGAAUGAGAAUUGUUGCGGAUGUCCAGAUUGUCUGGAAUUGGCCCUGGAACAUACUUGGAAAUCCGAAAGACUUUGCAUUUUUCACUGUAAUGGUUGCGGUGGCACAACAGUUCGAGAAACUCGAUCUUUGUACAUUGAUGGAAGACUUAAGCAUUCAUAUUCAAUGAAUCCAAUUCGACAUGAAUGUCACUGCUGUCACUGUGGCAUCCUGAAUUCUGAUUCUGGCACUGCCUCGAAUCAUAAAAAUACUCACCUGCUUGAUGCUAAAAAUUUAGAUAGCCAUAAUCAGACGAUAUCCAACACUUCAAUUCUCACUUCAGUAUCUGGUCUCUGCAAAUAUUCUACUCCUUCGUGCUCUUAUCAUUCCCAGAAGCAUAAUUUUUUUAUACAAUCAAAACAUAGCGAAAAUUACAAUGAAAACUUUCGGAAAUAUGCAAAAGGUGGUGAAUGUAACUGUUUGGCAAUCAAUGAAUCUCAGAUAGGAUCAUUAUUUAUGCACAAACCGGAAGUUGAAAUUGGAGUAACAAAGUUGGCAACAGCUCAGGAAACAUCAUUUGACAGAUCAACUAGUGUUGCUAUUCCAAUGGCAUCAUUAAAAGAUGAAACGAAAUCGAAUUCAAACGAACAAAUGGGAAGUGAAAAAUUAUUAGAUAAUGAAAUAUUGCUGACUCCUACUGCAGGUGAAGUAAUCGACCAUCAACUGGAAACGGGAUACAAUAUGAAAGCUGGAAAACCAUUCCUGAUUAAUCCAUUGGGUACCGCUUUCGGUUUAAAAUGUGAAAUGAUGAAGAUAAGUAAAAAGAUUUUGAAAACAGCAAAGCAAAUAAGUGAAACAGGUACUCCUUGA